AUGAAGUCCGUCACUGCCAUUGCAGCUGUAUGCAUCUCAGCUCCUUCCGUUGCGCUGGCAGCAUUUCUUGGCGACCACACAUGGGGUUUUGCCAACGCCCCUUCUGACGGACUCGAUUCUGUCCGCUUCCCAUUCAGUGUGGCCAAUUCCCCCCACGAGCCAGGGUUCUUCUUUGCUCAGGACUUCCACUUCACCAAUGUGGACAAACGAGGCGGUUUCCUAGGGCUGCAGCCCGGUGAAGACUUUGACAAGAAGCCCUUCAUUAGGGCCAUCUUCUCCACGUUCGUGGAGGGCGCGAUCCCACAGUCUGGCAACUGUCGUGAGGGCGCAAAGGUUGGCCCCGGCGUCAGCUGCUCUAUUGAGUGGCAGCACGACUACGGUGAUAGGUAUUCCAUCGAUGUUGUCAACUUGGGGGACGAUAUAUGGAGAGGAUCGAUGGUGGACCUGACUACUGGAGCGUCGGCCCAUAUUGGGCAAUGGAAGUUGCCCCCUGGAUCCGGAAACAUCAAGAACGGGGGACUUGGCGAUAUCGAGUACUAUCUCUGGCCCGUCCAUCCUCAGUCGUGCGAGGCUCUGCCGAGGACGGAGGUCACGCUCUUCAACCCCUCGUCUAACACGAGUGACGCCAGUGGUGGAUACAUGUCCCAGCCCCAGGAAUUCGGGGAUUGUGUGAGCAAGGUCAACUUUACUGCAGAGCAGGUCGAUGAGGGAUGGAAAGUAACCGUGGGAAAUGCUUAG